AUGCCGAAGGCAGCGCUCGACGCCCGCUACCUGCUGUGCAAGAGGGCGAAGAAGGUAGAGGGCAAGCGCAGGGUGGCGAAGAUCACCUACCUGUUCCAGCCGACGAAGACGGGCAUCAUAGCGCAGCGCCUGUUCGAGGCCGAGCCCCCCAAGGUGCAGGUCCUGCUCGGUCGUCUCAAGAAGAUGUGA